AUGGCCAUCAAGAUCCCUAUCGUCAAGAAGCGCACCAAACAUUUCAAGCGCCACCAGUCCGACCGUUACCACAGCGUAAAGGAGGCAUGGAGAAAGCCUAAGGGUAUCGAUAACAGGGUUAGGCGUCGCUUCAAGGGUCAGACACCCAUGCCGAAGAUUGGUUACGGUAGCAACCAAAAGACGAGACAUCUCCUCCCUAACGGUCUGAAGAAAUUCCUGGUCAGCAACGUGAGGGAGCUCGAUCUCCUUUUGAUGCACAACAAAAGCUAUGCCGCUGAGAUUGCCCACAACGUCAGCAGCCGCAACCGUACGACGAUACUGGAACGUGCCAAAGUGCUUGGUGUGAAGGUGACAAAUUCUGCAGCUCGUCUGCGGUCAGAGGAGUAG